CUGUCAUAUAAUUUUACUUGAAUGUUGGGUUUUGAAUUUCAAAUUAUGAGGGCUUUCUUCCUUCAUUACAACGGAUUUUGAGGUAGAAAUCUCAAAGCAGUCAAGUUAAAUUUGUUUACUAAUACAGAUUUGAUUACCUAUUUAAAAUGGCAAAACCCGCUACCACUGGUAGAAGUAGCACAGACGAAUUUAUGAAUAUCGAUCUCAUGAGGUCUCUUGUAAAGCAAUAUUCGGAAUUGGGACAGUGGACCAGUGCUUUCUUUUGGGCUGAUGCUGCAGCCGCUGCAGCAGGGGGUGGCCCCGAAGGCCCAAGUGGUGAUGAUAUGUGGCUUCUUGCUAGUGCCAUGCUAGCUCGAGGAGAACUCCACAGAGCUGCUGAAGUUGUCACUUCUAGGAAUUUACAUAAACGACACCUGCUGUGCUUAGGGGUGGCGAUGCGUGCACAUUUGGCAGCCAAGGAAUCCUCAACAGCUCUUAAUUUACUGGAGGAUUGUGAUCCUAUGCUGCUUGAACCUAGAAACACUGACCAAACUCACAAUAGGGCUCUAGCCGGGGUUUUAGUGACACAAGCGCGAGCGUUAUCCGCUCUGGAGCGACGCGAGGCGGCCGCCGAGGCGCUGACCGCGGCCCUACGGGCGGACUGUGCCUGCUACGAAGCACUAGACCUGUUGCUUGAGCAACACGCGCUCACACCCAGGCAGGAAAGCGAGUUAAUAGAGUCAUUACCGAUUAGCGAACAGUUGAGUGGAGCUGAGGGCGCGUUGUUAUUGUCCGCGUACAGAGAGCGGUUUCACCGCUACUCGCCCGCGCCCGUCGCGCCGCCGCCGCCCGACAGCGAUGACCCCAUAGUUCGCGAGGCGGAGGGCGUGAGGUCCCGCACGCUGGAGGCGGCGGUGUGCGGGGCGCGGCGGCUGGCCGCGGGGUGCCGGUGGGGGGCCGCCCUCGAGCGGCUGGGGGCUGCGGGUGGGGGCCCGGGGUCCGGCGCUGCCCUGCGAGCCGCCUGCCUCCUCGAGCUGAGACGAGCCCCGGAACUCUUCGCGUUCGCACACGGACUUGUGGACGCCUACCCUACGCACUGGACGGCUUGGUAUGCCGUGGGCUGCUACUACUAUCUUAUAGGCAAAAAUGAAUUGGCCCGUCGAUAUCUAAGUAAGUCAAAGAGUCUGGAGCCCGGCGCCGGCUGCGUGUGGCUCGCCUACGGGCACAGCUUCGCGGCCGACAACGAGCACGACCAGGCCAUGGCGGCCUACUUCAAGGCCAGUCAGCUGAUGGGCGGUUGCCACCUCCCCCCCCUGUACGUGGGGGUGGAGUGCUCCCUGCUGAACAACGUGGCGAUGUGCGAGCGCUUCCUGUACAAGGCCGCCGUGCUGCACCGCGGCGCUACCGAGGCCGGGAGUGCGGUGGACGAGGGGGACGUGGAGAACAAGAGCGGCUGGGACCGCAUCCUCGGGCUGGUCAGCGACCCCCACGUGGCGCACGAGGCGGGGGCCGCGGCGCUGGCUGCCGGGGACCCCGGGGCCGCCAGGCUGCUGUGGCUCAGGACCCUCGAUGUGGCGGCUCACGACGGACAGUUGAAUGUACGCUGGGCGGCGACCCUGGACGGGCUGGGCCACGCGUCCCGCGCGCUGGGCGGCGCGGCGGAGGGCCUGCAGUGGCACGAGCGGGCGCUGGGCCUGCGCCCCCGCCGCGGCGCCUCGCACACGGCGCGGGGGCUGUGCCUGGCGCUGCUGGGCCGGGCCGCGGCGGCCGCGGACGCGCUGCACGGCGCGCUGGCGCUGGACCCCGACGACGUGGUGGCGCUGGCGCUGCUCGACCUGGUCGUGGACACGCUCGACCGACACCUCGCAGAAGAAGAGAUCCCCCAGUUCCCGUUCCCAGCGGUGAACAUAUCGCUACCGGCCGCGCCCGCGACUCCGCUCGCUUCCGUUGACGUCACCAACACCUCCGACAUGAGCAUGAGCUUCGAUUAAUUAUAUCAAAUAAAAUAUUUAUAAAAACA